AUGUCAUUUAUAGAAUGUGAUUUAGUUAUUGAGAAUGGUGUGGUAAUUGAUCCAGUAAACAACAUUGACCAAGUUCCUCUGAAUAUAGCUGUUAAAGAUGGGAAAAUUCUGGAUGUGUUUGAACCAAGUGUAAAUACUUACCUUGCACCUGAGUGGUACAAUGCCUCUGGGUGUUAUGUCGCGCCUGGGUUCAUUGAUGUCCAUGUGCACUGUUACGAACACGUGACUUCUCUUGGUGUUAAUCCUGAUGACACUUGUUUGGCACAUGGAGUGACUACUGUCGUUGAUGCAGGCUCUGCAGGUCGGGUGGGGGGUAUAGUGAUGGACUUUUGAAUGGAGUGUUUUGAAAUUCCGAGAUUUUGAAAAUUUAAUAGUAAAUAUAUAGAAAGCAUCAAAAUUCUGUGCCUGAUAUCUUGGUUGCGUCGCCGUGGUACACACUUUCCACACUGGGUGGGUGGGUGGGAGGGGUAUAGUGAUUGAACAACCAGCGGCUGGUUGUCUGAGUUACUCUCUUCACUUCUAAUGUAUUUCCUUACAGGGUGUGGCACAUUCAAAGGUCUACGGAAAUUCGUCAUGGAGAGGAGUCACACCAGGGUUCUGGCAUUCCUACAUAUCUCCUCACAUGGACUGGCUGCUGCAGGAUGCUCUGCUGAGGGUGAUACACGUCAUUUAUUUAUAAUCGUAUUAAAAUUAAUCUCCCCACCUAAUGACUGAGUUUCACUAAGAACUGUUAAUUAACUGCCAAUUAGAGAAUGUAAUUGAAUUUACUUGUUCCUAUGUAUUUAUGUCUACAUUUCUGUGAAGUUCGCCACCAUCAUCUAGCUGCUUCUUUCUAGUUCUUACUGAAACCAGCUUUAUUCAUCACAUACUUGUUGUAUAAUAUGUAAACCUUGGCAUUACGUUUCAGCCAGUUGUGGAGAGCUGGACUCUCUGAGCCAUGUACAACUGGAUGAUUGUGUGAAAUGCAUAGAAGAAAACAAGGAUGUGAUUGUUGGAAUCAAAAUAAGAUUGAGUGAAAGUAUUUCCAAUGCUGGUGCAAAUGAAGAAGAAGCAUAUAGGUAUUGCAUACAGAACACUGGACCAGACAAUUUCCUAGUGGGUUCCCAGUAUUUGGAUAAGAAAUUGAACAUCCCCCUUGCCUUGGCAACCUUUUGAUAAAUGUUGCCCCUGACAGUAGAAAGUCUUUAAUUAUCAGUCUUGAAAUAUUCGUUUGUUUUACAUAUAGGAGAGCUUUGACAGCAUCACAGAGAACAAACCUACCAUUGAUGGUUCACCAUUCAAUUUCCACUAUUCCUUUGGCUAAAGGUACUCCACUUUGACAUUUUACUCUGUCUAACACUGAAGUUUACUUGUCAGGCUUUUUUUCUUAUAGACUCGGAUGCAAAACUUUCAUGUCCUGGUGACUUACGACCAGGUGAUAUAUACACUCACACAUUUCAUGGGCACAAGAGCACUAUAGUGGAUUUGGGUCAAAAUAAACUUCAUGCAGUCAUUCACAAGUCUCGUCAAAAUGGUGUUUUGUUUGAUGUUGGUCAUGGACAAGGCUCAUUCAGCUGGAAGGUUAGUUUUAUUGAAAUUUAAUCCUGAAUUAAUUAGGAAUUACUUACUGGAAAUUAAUGCCUUAAAUUAAUUAGGAAUUAAUUACAGGCAAUUAAUGUCUUAAUUAACAAAUUAAUUAGAAAUUAAUUACUGGCAAUUAAUGCCUUAAUUAACCAAUUCCUAUUUUCAAGGUGUCUGAGAUUGCAUCUCAGGAAGGGUUUUACCCAGAUCUCAUUAGCACAGAUCUACACUCGUUAAGUGUUGAUGGACCAGCGUAUGAUCUCGUCACAGUCAUGUCAAAAUUUCUUCAUCUUGGGAUGAGUUUGUAUGACAUCGUUAAGGCAGUGACAUCACAAGCAGCCACUGCUAUUGGCUGGAGUGAUCAGAUUGGUUCGUUAAGCAAAGGGAAGAUUGCAGAUAUCACUAUUCUAAGGUUGGACAAGGGUGAGUUUAUGCUCGAAGACUGUGAAGAUCACUUCAGAACUUGUAAGCAAUUGCUCCAGCCGGUUGCUGUGUGGAAAAAUGGAGUGGCAUUUCCAAUAAAACUUGACACUAUCAAACAGGCUGUGAAGAAGUAA